CCUCACCAUUUUUUCUUCCCUCCUAAAUCUAUAACAAACUUUCACAUAAAGAAUUCACACACUCACCCCAAAUUCUACCCUAAUUUAAAUACUAUAAAUAGACGGAGUAGAUAGAGUAAAAAUUAGUAGCAAUUAGAAAAAGAAUACCAAAACUCUGCUCAAACUUCACCAAUCCAAAACCACUGCGUCUCCCCGACCCUGCUCGCGUGUACCACCGUUUGAAUCCGUCUUUGUUUCCUUAACCUUCGCUGUUUUGUAAAUCAGGGGAGGGAUCCUGUACAGGAUCCUCCAUUAUGUUUACCGUGGGCGUUUGCUGAUAACUGUUGGAUUCUCAUCAAAUGGCUCAAAUCACGAGAUAUCAUCGCAUCAUUAGAACAGAUCAGGAGCGUCUGAUCCUCACCUUACUUCUAGAAUACAUUUCGUUUUUGGUUGAUUGAAAAAACAGUGGUCUAUGUAAAGCAUUGAAACCUAUAUCAUAGAGAAAAGAAACACAAAAUGGGAGAUAUUCCUAGAGUGAAGCUUGGUAGCCAAGGCCUAGAGGUUUCAAAGUUGGGGUUUGGGUGCUCUGGCAUCACCAGAAAAUAUUCCGCCCAUGUUCCAGAAGAAGUUGCCAUCUCUUUGAUCAAAUAUGCCUUUAACAAAGGAAUCACCUUCUUUGAUACAGCAAAUGUUUAUGGAUCCCAUGGAACCAACGAAAUCAUUCUCGGAAAGUCAUUGAAGGACUUACCUCGCGAAGAAAUUCAGAUUGCGACCAAGUUUGGAAUAGUGAAAAUGGAACCAGACAAUAUCAUAGUAAAUGGUACACCAGAAUAUGUUCGAUCAUGUUGUGAAGCUAGUCUCCGACGCCUUGGAGUAGAUUACAUUGAUCUCUAUUAUCAACAUCGUGUUGACACUUCAAUACCGAUUGAGGAUACUAUGAAAGAGCUUAAAAAGUUGGUGGAAGAAGGAAAGAUAAAGUACAUAGGAUUAUCUGAAGCCAGCCAUGACACAAUUAGGAGGGCACAUGUUAUUCAUCCUAUUACUGCUGUUCAAAUGGAGUGGUCCCUUUGGACUCGCGAAAUCGAGCAGGAUAUUAUUCCACUUUGCAGGGAACUUGGAAUUGGAAUAGUACCAUACAGCCCUCUAGGCCGCGGAUUUUUCGCUGGCAAGGCUGUCCCUGAAAGCAUACCUACAGAUAGUAGCUUUCUGUUUUCAAAUCCAAGGUUACAAGAAGAGAAUCUUGACAAGAACAAGAUCUUAUAUUCUAGGAUACAAAAAUUGGCAGAGAAGCAUAAAUGUACAACUUCACAACUUGCUCUUUCAUGGAUUCUUCAUCAAGGAGACUUUGUGGUACCCAUACCUGGAACAACGAAGACAAAGAAUGUUGAUGAUAAUGUAGGUUCCUUUGAAGUGAAGUUCAGCAAGGAUGAGUUGAAGGAGAUUACAGAUGCAAUACCAAUAUCUGAGGUGGCAGGGUAUAGAAUUGCUGAUAUUUUUGUUAAAUGCUCAUGGAAGUUUGCUAAUACUCCACCAAAAGCAUAGCUAAAUGAUACAUGUUAUAUAUCUUUUAGCUAAUACUUUUUGUUAAGAGAUUUGCUAUUCUUACACCACAUUAUAUUGUGAUUUUGUGAGUUUUAGAAAGGUGAUGAAAUUUUGGUGAUAUUGCCAUUUAACUUUAAAUGAAAUUUGAAAAAAGCUUUUUGUUUUUA